ACAGACCAAGAGGACAUUUUGUGGAGACAUUCACGUCCCCCUCGAAGAUUUAACUCAGGAAGUCAAUCUAAAAAGGGAAACAGCACAGUCGCCCCCUGAUCGGAAGCAGAGACAGAGUCUUCGCCUGCUGACAGAGAAAGGACGCAGAAUGUCUGUACUGGAAUUAAUCCUCAUGUUUGUGCUUCAGUUUGAAGGAAUCAGUGGACAGCUCAGUCUCUACCACAGACCUGGACAUGAUGUUACUCUGCCAUGUGACAGGGCAUCAUCAGCUAACUCACCAUGCUCCAAUAUUACCUGGUUAUACAACAGAGUACAGCCACAGACUUUCUCUGAGGUUAAGAAUGGAAAUGUUGAUCAGAGCUCAGUUCGAGCUGCCAGGCUGAGUCUGGACACUCGCUGCUCUCUGCUCAUCAGCAACAUCACUGCUGAAGAUGCUGGUUUCUACAACUGUCGGCUGAGGGAGGGCACUGUCCAUGAUUCAUCUGUGAAUCUAAAUAUUUUAACUGUCUCUCCAUCUCCACCAGAUGCUGAUCUAACCAGAGAUGGUGAAGUGACAUUAGAGUGCUCUCUGUUCAGAUACAGCGACUCUGAUCCUUGUGUAAGGCAAGGACUUCGCUGGGUGAAUGAGACAGGAGCUGAGCUGCGCAGUGUCAGAGACACGGUUACCAGUCAGAUGAAGUGUGUCUCUGUUCUGACUGUGAAGCUUCAGAGUUUUCACAACAGAAGAUUCACCUGCCAGUUUGUUGAUGAGAAAAACAAAAUACUGAUAGAAGCUGACUACACAGUCAUCUUUACAGAACCAGGUUCCACGGAUCGGACCACAGAUUCCUCCUACGUCAUCGUUGGUGCAGUGGUCGGGCUCGUGGUUCUGCUCAUCGUCCUUGUUGCUGUUUUCAUCAAAUGCAGGAAAAGAACCAAAGUGACAGAAGGUGUUCAAAAACCAGUUCACACCUCUACUGUCAGUCAGGAUGAGCCGGAGAGCGACCUGACCUACGUCACAGUUAGCCAUGCUAAUCAAAGGGCCUCUGUUCAGAAACAGGUGAGAGAGGAGGAGAAUGUGACUUAUGCUGCAGUCAAGACUCCGGUGGAGUAGGUGAAUCCCAGCAGCCUCUGCAGCUACGUCAGCACAGACAGAUAAACCAGAGGAUGUGAGGUCACACGUAAAGCCGGCGUGUUCAUCAGAGCCGAGUGUUUUCUGCCUGGCAACCUGGCCUGCCUCAGUGUUUCUAUCAAAUAUCAUGGAGCUUAGAGUUUGUGCUGGACUUGCUUUGCUCAGCUUUAAGGUGGUUCUUGUGUUAAACAGCACACUGUGUCUUUGCUGGUGAGCAAACAGAGCAUUACAGUCCAACUGUGGACCCAAGUUAUUGUUUUUCUUUUGCUACCCUGGAGUUUUCAUUUGUUUUUGGAGCUGUGACAGGGUUUUCUCCUCCGUUGUCUAUGUUUAGCUUGUGUAUAAAACAGAAGUGAGUCACUUGA